AUAAAUAAAUCAGAAUUAAAAACCGCGGGUUGAGUCCGACAAAGAGUCGGUGGAGCGGAGAGAUGCUGGGGAAGAGAGAACUGCUUGAUUUCCGGCGAAUCUCCGGCGGCAUUGUGACCGGAAUUAUGUAUUUAUUGUUGCAGCGAGUUUGAUGUAUUUUAAUUUAUUGAUGUUGUUGCUGUAACGUUCUGGUGGAGCUCCGCUGCUUGUUGAUAAGAAGGCUACUUUUCCGGCGGUGGAAAGCAGAAGAAUUAGUUGUCGAUUUCGUGUUGGCAUUGUUGGAUUUUGGCGUUGGAAGUUUUCGUUCUGUAGUUCCCUGGCGAUUUCGGAGCUUCUGAGGCCCAAAUCUGUCCAGGGAGAGGUUGCUCGGGGAAGAGAAGCAGCUUCAAUUCCGACAAAUUUUUGUGCGGAUGUUACUUUUCUUUCGUCAAGUUAGUUCUUUCAAUAAUUUAAUGCCGUGAAGUAUCCAGUUCCAGGUGGCGAGAUGAAUGGUACUUCCAAGAAUGGAAAGGUUUGCAAUUUUGAGAAAACUUAUCCAGGGUGCUUGGGAAGAAUGGUGAACCUCUUUGAGUUGAACUUAGGGGUGUCUGCAAACCGACUUCUCACUGAUAGACCACAUCGGGAUGGCUCUCCCAUUUCAAGGACCAGUUCAGAUGUAUCAAGGGUGAGUCCAUCGGUUGACCAAGCAGAAGAAAAUGCGGUGGCAGCAGGGUUGAGGAACAUCUCUUCAAACAGAACAUCAAAUGGAACGCCCAUGAAGAUGCUUAUUGCUCAAGAGAUGUCCAAAGAGGCGGAUUCCAGACGUAAUCCACCUAAUUUAGUUGCAAAACUAAUGGGGCUUGAUUCCCUUCCGCCACAGGAUGCUGAAUCCAUGAUGCAAAGAAGCCAUACCAAAACUCAUCCCCGAUCUCAUUCAGAUAUACCUAUGAGUAACUGGGAGCAACAGAAUGGAUUUGUUCACUAUGUUGAUUCAAGUGAAUAUAAGGAUGUCUAUGAAGUUUGGGAACAAUCGCCGAAAUGUGUACAUAAGGGGAGACACAAUGGAACUGCAGAUGAAAAAAGGAUGGUGCUAAUACGACAGAAGUUUGCUGAAGCAAAGCGCUUGUCUAUGGAUGAAAAACUUCGCCAAUCCAAGCAAUUUCAAGAUGCAUUAGAGGUUUUGAAUUCCAACAGAGACUUGCUCCUGGAGUGUAUGCAAGAACCAAGUUCUUUGUUGUCUCAGCAACUAUACAACCUGCCUUCACUUUCUCAUCACUUGGAAGGAAAGUGUAUCACUGUCCUUAAACCUUCAAAAGCGGCAGAAGGAAACAACUUGGAUGGAUCUGGGGAUAAAGAAGGUAAGCAUAAGAGAAUGGGUACCUUUGUUCAGCCAAACAGAUUGGAGAAAGGACCCCCGGAGAGCUCCCCUCCUGGAAGUUGGAAUAAAUAUGAUAGUCCCACCGAACCAACUCGAAUAGUAGUUCUGAAACCUAGCCUCGGCAAUAUUAACGAUAAGGCUUUGGGUUCUCCACGGUCACAAUCAGCAAGGAUACACAGUGAAGACUUUUUUGGGGAUGUAGAGGACAAUGUGAAUAAGGAAUUACAAGAAGUUGCAAAAACAGUCGCUCUACAAGUGCAGGAAAAACAUGAAAGGCGCCACAGAGACGAAGUGUUGGUUUCCUCAGUGUUUUCCAACGCCUAUGUGGCGGAUGAAAGUUCAUUUAAUAAAUCAGAGAUUGAGUUUCCGACUGGCAUUCUCACUGAUUCAGAAGUCAUGUCACCUGUAUCUAGGCAGUCGUGGGACUAUGCCAAUAGGCUUGGUAGCCCAUACUCAACCUCCUCCUUCAGCAGAGCUUCAUAUUCUCCAGAGUCAUCAGUUUGCCGAGAAGCAAAGAGACGCCUCUCUGAAAGGUGGGCCAUGAUGGCAUCUAAUGGAAGCUCUCAAGAGCAUAGACCUGUUCGAAAAAGCUCCAGCACGUUGGGUGAAAUGCUUGCUCUGUCAGAGGCAAAGAAGAGCACUAUGAUUGGGAAAGAAGACAGCUCUAAUGAAGGGCCCGUAAAUUUACAUUAUCUUUUAGGUGGCAAGCAAGGAACAGAUGAAAAUAUGGAUGACUUGUCGAGGAGUCUUACGAGGUCAAAAUCUCUUCCAGUGUCUUCCACUUCCAGGAUCAGUUCAGAUGUUUCAGCUUCUGAUAAAGGCAAUAUCACUCCUAAGGAAGAAAUAAAGACGAGAAGGACUAAAGCAUCAUUCAAAGGGAAAGUUUCUAGUUUGUUUUUCUCUAGGAGCAAAAAAACUAGUAAAGACAAAUCUCACAAGUCUGAGUCCAAAGAUGAUCUCUGCUCCACCAAAAGUGUUAUCAACAAAGGGCCCAACCGCUCGUCGUCGGUCUUAAUGGAGCAGUCUGGUGAACCAUCUUUAUCAGAUCUAAUUUACAAGCAGAGCAUGCUACCCUCUCAGAUGGAAGUUCCCAUGGAAAUGCCCAUUGCAUUAGGGAAUCAUGGCGAAAAUCUGGACCAGCCGAGUCCAAUAUCUGUGUUAGAUCCCCUGUUUGAAGAUAAUGAGCAUGGGGAAAAAGUAUCCCCUCUCUACGCAGAACCUGACCCUCAUGGUUUUGAGUUGCCACUUAAUCCUAUUACUUCAAAUUUGAUUGACAAGUCACCGCCGAUUGGCUCCAUUGCCAGAACCCUCUCUCGUGACGACUCAUGUGUUGGCACAGCCUCAUCAUACCCAAAAAGGGAAUCCUUAACAACUCGAGGGAUGGAAGGAGAGCAACAAGAUUGGAUUUCUUUUGUCAAGACACUAUUGACCGUAGCCGGUCUCCAAAAUGAGGUGCCAUCGAAUUCAUUUCUAGCCAGAUUCUACUCACCCGAAUGCCCACUGGAUCCAUCCUUAAGAGACAAGUACAUUAAUUCAAAUGACAAGGAGACAUUCCACGAGGCCAUACGGAGACAAAAGCGAUCGCUGCAGAAGCUCGUGUUCGACUGCGUAAAUGCAGCACUCGCGGACAUCGCAAGCUCGGGCCAGCAAGCCAGUCCGAUUACCGAAUCCAACAACUGCACACUGGAAAGUACGUCCUCCACAAUGCUGGACCAGGUGUGGGCCAAAUUGCACACAUGGUUCUCUGGCCAGAUGAGAUAUGUUCCAGAAGACUGUGGGGACGACAACAGCCUGGUCGUGGAGAGGACGGUGCAGAGGGAGGUGGUAGGCAAGGGGUGGGAUGAUAAUUCAAGGCUCGAACUUAAUAAUCUUGGCGUCGAAAUCGAAGGGAAGAUGAUGGAAGAACUCGUAAAUGAGACGGUGGUUGAAUUGACAGGUAGGGAAUUUGAAUUUGUAUCCAGGUGAAGGUGAAAGGUGAAUGUGAAGGUGAAGCAGAGUUAAAAGGUAAACUUGCUUUUUAACCCUUGUAGCAGCAUCUUAUUAUUUAUUACUGUAUUAUUGAAAAAUAAUUGCUUUGUUGCUUUGAAUAAUAAAGGCUAAAAAGAAAUGAAAGCAAUAAAUGUGUUUGCUAUGCUGUCUGCCUGACUGUCAGUUCUGUGCAUGGGAAACUUCCUAAAAAGUCACAAGUUUCAGACAUGAAAAUUCAUUUCAUUAUUAAUUAACUACUUCAAUAUAUAUAUUAGUAGAGUUAUGGAUCCCAAAUAUCUUUGCCAAUUGUCCAUAUCUUUGAACAGAUUUGUAGACAGUGCUAUCUUGGUUCAAUAAAUUGCAUAUGUUAUUUUGCAUA